GUCAGUUUCAGUCAACGUGCUCAUUUGAACAAGAACCGCUACGAGGGACGGUCGAGGAGCGGCCCUGCAUUAAUAAAUCAACGAAAAGUCGAUAUUACUACUUGUUGACGACCCCCACCCUCUUGGCUGUGUGUUAUCACAAGAAGUUGGUAAGAGCCAAUGUAUGUGCACAGGAUGGAGUGGCAGCCAGACGAGCAGGGACUCCAGCAGGUCCUCCAGCUGCUUAAGGACUCGCAAUCACCCGACACAGCAACGCAAAGAGCCGUCCAAGAAAAACUUGAACAACUGAACCAAUUCCCUGAUUUUAACAACUAUCUAAUCUUUGUCCUUACAAGACUCAAAAGUGAAGACGAGCCGACUCGCUCUCUCAGCGGUCUGAUUCUGAAGAAUAAUGUUAAGGCCCAUUACCAGAACUUCCCGCCAACUGUUGCCGACUUCAUCAAGCGGGAAUGCGUCAACAACAUUGGCGACCCCUCGCCCCUCAUCCGCGCCACCAUCGGCAUCUUGAUUACAACAAUUUCCUCCAAGGGAGAGCUGCAGUCGUGGCCUGAGCUCCUGCCCCAGCUCUGCAAUCUGCUCAACUCUGAGGACUACAAUACAUGCGAGGGCUCGUUCGGAGCACUGCAGAAGAUCUGCGAGGACUCGUCGGAGCUGCUGGACAGCGACGCUUUGAACCGACCGCUCAACGUCAUGAUACCCAAAUUCCUUCAGUUCUUCAAGCACUCCAACUCCAAAAUUCGGUCCCACGCCAUAGCUUGUGUCAAUCAGUUCAUCAUUGGCAGAGCACAGGCCCUCAUGAACAACAUUGACACCUUCAUCGAGAGCCUCUUUGCGCUGGCGGCAGACGAGGACUCGGAAGUCAGAAAGAACGUUUGCCGAGCUCUGGUCAUGCUUCUGGAGGUCCGCAUCGAUCGGCUCAUCCCCCAAAUGCACAGCAUCAUCCAGUACAUGCUGCAGCGCACACAAGACCCGGAUGAGAACGUCGCUCUGGAAGCCUGCGAGUUUUGGUUGACUCUUGCGGAGCAGCCCAUCUGCAAGGAGAUGCUGUCAGGACACCUGGUGCAACUAACGCCGAUCUUGGUGAACGGGAUGAAGUACUCCGAGAUCGAUAUCAUACUGUUGAAGGGAGACGUGGAGGAAGACGAGGCCGUACCAGACAGCGAUCAGGACAUCAAGCCGCGUUUCCACAGGUCGCGGACGGUCACCUUGCAGCACGAAGGUUUAGAGGGAGGCGACAGCGAGGACAUUGACGACGACGACGACGAUGAUGACGACGACACGCUGUCUGACUGGAAUCUGCGAAAGUGUUCGGCGGCAGCGUUGGACGUGCUGGCCAACGUGUUUCGAGAUGAGCUACUGCCCCACCUGCUGCCGCUCCUGAAGGGUUUGCUCUUCCAUCCCGACUGGGUCGUCAAGGAAUCCGGCAUCCUCGUAUUGGGCGCCAUCGCCGAAGGCUGCAUGCAAGGCAUGGUACCUUACCUGCCCGAGCUCAUCCCGCACCUUAUCCUGUGUCUGAGUGACAAGAAGGCCCUGGUGCGCUCCAUCGCCUGCUGGACCCUCAGUCGUUACGCGCAUUGGGUGGUCUCCCAGCCCCCCGACUCCUACCUCAAGCCCCUCAUGACGGAGCUUCUCAAGUGCAUCCUGGACUCCAACAAGAGGGUCCAAGAAGCCGCCUGCAGCGCCUUUGCCACCUUAGAAGAGGAGGCAUGCACAGAGCUUGUCCCAUAUUUAAGCUUCAUCUUGGACACGCUGGUCUUUGCAUUUGGAAAGUACCAGCACAAGAAUCUCCUCAUCCUCUACGAUGCCAUUGGAACACUUGCCGACUCGGUGGGCCACCACCUUAAUCAGCCCGAGUAUAUUCAAAAGCUCAUGCCCCCUCUCAUCGCAAAGUGGAAUGAGCUCAAGGAUGAGGACAAGGAUCUUUUCCCUCUUUUGGAGUGUUUGUCUUCAGUCGCCACGGCGCUCCAGAGUGGCUUCCUGCCCUACUGCGAACCUGUUUACCAGCGUUGCGUCACACUUGUCCAGAAGACUUUAGCUCAGGCUAUGAUGUACAACCAGCACCCUGACCAGUACGAGGCCCCUGAUAAGGAUUUCAUGAUCGUGGCCCUGGAUCUGCUCAGUGGCCUGGCUGAAGGUCUGGGAAGUCAUGUGGAGCAACUGGUAGCCCGGUCGAAUAUCAUGACCCUGCUUUUCCAGUGCAUGCAGGAUACGAUGCCAGAAGUGAGGCAAAGCUCCUUUGCUCUCUUGGGAGAUUUGACAAAGGUCUGCUUCCUGCAUGUGAAACCUUGCAUCGCUGAGUUUAUGCCCAUCCUCGGCCUCAAUCUGAACCCAGAGUUUAUUUCGGUGUGUAACAACGCCACCUGGGCCAUUGGGGAAAUUGCCAUGCAAAUGGGUGCAGAAAUGCAGCUUUACGUUGGAGUGGUUUUGCCCCACCUGGUGGAGAUCAUCAAUCGACCCAACACGCCAAAGACCCUGCUGGAAAACACGGCCAUUACAAUAGGCAGACUGGGUUAUGUCUGUCCUCAGGAAGUGGCGCCACAGCUUCAACAUUUCAUUAGGCCAUGGUGCACAUCGCUGAGGAAUAUCAGGGAUAACGAAGAGAAAGAUUCAGCCUUCCGUGGGAUCUGCGUGAUGAUUGGAGUCAACCCGGCCGGUGUUGUGCAGGACUUCAUUUUCUUUUGUGAUGCUGUGGCCUCCUGGGUCAACCCAAAGGAUGACCUGAGGGACAUGUUUUGUAAGAUCCUGCACGGCUUCAAAGACCAGGUGGGUCAAGAUAACUGGCAGCAGUUUUCGGAGCAGUUCCCUCCACUGUUGAAGGAGCGUCUGUCGGCAUGCUACGGCGUCUAACAAGUCCACGCUGGAUGCUGACCAGUUCGGUGAACAUGGGGAGGGGUUACCAGGGGACUCAUUGCACUGCCCAGCGUAGCAGGGAGGGACGAUGUGGAGGGACGUGACGGGCCUUCACGUGGCAGAGGGUCCCCUCCCCACCUUUCCCUGUGCCCUGUGUCUCUGUAAGGGAG